UUCACAAUGGACGCCGGUUUUCGUGGGUUCUGUAGAAUCUGUAGAACCCUUUAUGAUAAAAGGCAGUAAACCCAAUGCAUCCGUUCGUUUCCCGCAUCCAACAUCGCAACCAACGUUUCCGACGAGAAUGUCCUUAUCAGCGGAAGCAAUCAUAGCUCUAUUCGCUUUAUUUGUCGCCUGCGUUCCUGCAGUGUGUUGCAUAAUCCGACACCAAACACGGCCAGGCCAUAACCGUCAUCACAACCCCGAGACUGACCAAAGCGAUCCCCCUUCCCUUCGUCCCCGUGAAUCUUGCCCCCCGUUUCAAUCGGUGACCAAUCGAUCAUUCCAUCAACAAUCAAAUCAUACCUCUCUGCCGUCUCUUCCAGAGCUUCUGCACAUUUUUUUCUCCCAGAAUCGCACCCCCAACCGCGAUAUAGAAUCCGGGAUCCUGUUAUACGCCCGCACCUUCAGCUCAGAUCGAUUUGAACAUAUGGAGCAAUUGACAGGGUCUAUUACCACGACUGGAGGUGCUGAACAUACGGACCAGCAUGAUCAAGUUUAAAGUGCCUGAAGAACGGACGCCAAACCUCCGACACACCAAAGUGAUCAUUAGUAUUAUCAUCAUCAUCAUCAUCAUCUUAUUCUUAUUCUUAUUUAGCCCCCGCUCC